AGUCAAAAAUCAAAUGGCAACUAAAUUAAUUAAUUAAAAGUUAAUUAAACAUUGUUUGGCAUCCGUACAUAAUAGAUUGCCACGUGUCCAUAUGCCGAAGCAACGCGGUUACCACCGCCCUAUUUAUUCACUCACCACCCUUACUACGGAUCUGCAAUUUCUUAUAUAUAUUGUUUAUAAUUUUUUGAGGGAGGGAAAAAAAAAAUUUAAAUAUGGCUUUUAAUUACGAUAAUUUGAUGAUGGAGCAGACGUGGCAAUUCCGGCCGGCGUUUUCCGAUGCUUGGAUUUCCGACGUCUUCGCGCGGGAAAAUGAAACCCUAGCGAAAGCUCUGCAGAAUUCGUUCGCCGGAGUUUCCUCCGGCCACGGCGACGUCUGCUCGACGGAGAUGCUCCAGUCUCUGUAUGUAAAUUCCGAUGCGACGCCGCUUCAGACUCCGACGAUUUCCGGCGUCUCGGAGAGCGAUUCGCCUGUGCCGAAGAAUCAGCGGAGGGGGGGAUUUCCGGCAAGCGGCAGGGUUGCGAAGCGGAAGCCGCGGCCGUCGAAGCGAGCGGCGGCGACGACGUUCAUCACCGCGGAUCCGGCGAAUUUCAGGCAGAUGGUGCAGCAGGUGACCGGUGCCAGAUUCGGCGGCUCGACGGAGCUGCUCACGGCGGCGCCGGAGGCUUUGAAGCCUGAGACGCGGCGUAGUAGCGCGGCGAAUUACCAGGCGUUUGGAUUGCCGACACUCGACACGUCGGCAUUUUUUGCGGACGGCCCAGCUUUAUCUCCGCCGUCGGCGGUCGUGGCCGAUGGUGGCGCAGCCGCAGCUGCGGCUGAGCUUUAUUAUGACUCUGUUUGUAGCUUUCCCACUCUGGAAUCAUGGAAAGCUGUGUAGCUUGGUGUAACAAUAAUUCUAAUUUUUUUUUUUUUUUUUUUUUGCAAAAUGUAGAGGGGUAAAAAUGGAAGAUGUGUUAAUAUAUGUGGGCCGGGUCGGGCCGGGCCGGGCUAAGGUGAUGAAUGAUUGAACUUCGAUUUUUCCUUCUUUUUUUUUCCCAUCAUUUUAUUAUGAAGGGUGUUUGGUUAAUCUAUGAUUCUAUGGGCAUAAUAUUUUUAUUUUAC